AUGCGUUUCGAGCUGGACUUUCUCGACGGAUGCCUCGCCGUGCUCCGGGGGCUGAGGCAGGGCGCAAGUCCCACGUCGCUCAUCUCGCCGCUGCCGGGCGGGUCGAGCGUGUCGCUGAAUUUGCGCACGAUCACGACCGAGGCCUUUGCCGAGGCGGUCCGCGAUCGCCCGCUUGCCACCGAUGUGCAGGACGCGCUCAUCUCGCUGUAUGAGCGCGCGUUGCAGCGCCUCAAGACCACCUUUGCCCAGGGGUUCACCGAGGCACAGUCGCGCUGGGGGGCUUCGCGCGUGCACGCGCUGCCGCUCCUGCACAAUCUCUUUGAAACACAGUGUGCGGCCGCCGCGCAGGAGACGCACGAUACGAUCCUCGCCUUGGUCGACGAGCGCCUCGAUGCGUUCCUCGCGGACGUCGACCCGUCGCGCUGCGGCAACCCAAAGGCGCACAGCGAGCAGGCUGUCAAGAUCCUCGAGACCGCCUUUCGCCACGCGCCCAACAUCACCCAGGCGGAAAAGUACAAGCUCGCCCAGGCGACGGGACUGCAGCCCCGCCAGGUGACCAUCUGGCGUGCGCCGCCCCGCCUCGCGUCCGUGCCGCCGCCUCGGAGCGAGACCGAGAGUGUAGAGGAGACGCCAAUCAAGUCGGAAACCGGCUCGCCGCCGUGCUUGCCGCCAGCGAGCCUCUCGCCCGAGCUCGGCGUGUCGUCCGGACUGCAAGGCUCGCCGAUCAAGGUCGAGCAGAGCCUGCCGCAGCUCACGGCGCCCGGCAUGGAGUGGACGCCGUCCUCGCCGGAGCAUGUGCUUCCGAUGGAGCUGACGCCCGCCGAGCCCUUGCCCCCGGCGUCGGUCUUGGGCCUCGGCACGGCGCACGAGGCGCCCGAGGCACUGUCGCUCGAUGGCCUGCUGGACUUUGACAGUGCGAAGCAGUGCCUCGUCUUUUCACCGCUCGAUCCGCUGCCCCGCCUCGACUUUGCGGACCUGCGCCUGGAUAUGGAGUCACUCGAACGUGCGCUCGGCCUCGGGCGUACCCACCCGGUCCUUCCGCCGGUGGUCGAGGUGCCUCUUGUGCCGCACGACGAGCUUGCGGCGGCCGGCUCGCUGGUCGCGCAGCCGAUGCACGUCGCAGACGAGAUCCUGGCCUAUGCCCAGGCCGAGGGAUGGGCGCUCGGCGACUUGGUCGCGCCGAUGCGUGCUGCGCCUGCUUUCCAUCCUGCGAGCGAGAUUGAUCGGUUUGCGGUGCACCUCGACGGCGUGCUGCAGCCAGCAGAGCGUGCGCUGCGCUCCGACCCCACGACCGCGCCUGCGACUGCCGCGCCGAAAUGGCUGUCGCUGAGUGCGAUGCGUGACACGCUGUCUGCGGACGUGCCGCUGGCGCUGCACGACGUAGCUAUGUAG